UGCCGAUGAUGCUGUAGCAGGUUGGAGCUACUGUAGCAGACUGUAGUGUUCUGUGACUGCAGCUGUACCUGCUGAAAUCUAAACCAACCGCGAAGUGCAGGUGCACUGUGCUACCAUCGUUACCAUGUCCUGUGCGUGCUACUUACCGGGCUGCAGAAAUUAGGCGCCUUCUUCCUCUUCUAACCACUUCCACCACCACCGCCAACAUCAUGGUGGGCGCGUCGGCAGUGCUGCUAAGUCGUGGCAAAUGCGGCUAAGGCUGGUAUUGUGGCCGGCGUGACACGCAACCGAGCCGAAGAACCCCGGAAUGCAUGUCCGUGCCAGCAGCAACGACAUCUCGUUUGGCGGGACUAUGAGCCUAGCGACAGAAAACGAAGUAGAGUGCAAGUGGAAGGAUAUGCCAGAUGGGGCACCCACUGUGCCUGCCAGUCGAUUUCACAGCUACCACGGGCGUAACCUCAUUUUGUGCGACAACAACAUGGUUGCAUACCGCAAGACAAGCUUCGCCCAUGCUUUGGCGUUCUCUGAGCAACCACUGCUUCCUGGUGAAAUCUUCCUCCUUGAGAUAGCACAAAAUGAGCGAGGAUGGAGCGGCCACAUGCGACUUGGCCUAACACAGCAUAACCCAGGUCGCCACUUCCCACUGCCCCAGUAUGCUUUGCCAGAUUUAGCCAACAUGGGCCGCUCCUGGGUUUUUGCCAUUCACAACUCUGAACUAGACUCCGAGCAUCUUGGCAGCUCCCCUUAUGAACGACUUGACCCUUCUACCUCAGUUCUAGGCACUGGUGAGCACAUCUACACAAGCAGGGGUGUUGUCCCUCGAAGCAUGUUGCUUCCGACAAAGCGACCUAGGGUGCCUGUUGGUGGCGAGGACAGUGUUACAGACUUCUCUGGCGAAGGGACUUCCAUCAGUUCUGGUCCUGGAAGUUGUGGAAAGUCAAGCAUUCUUCCAACAGAUGUCGGAAGUCGAAUUGGUGUUAUGUAUGUGACUAGGGGUCAGUCAGCUGAUAUGCACUUCAUCAUCAAUGGAGAAGACCAGUUGUACGCUACAGAUAUCCCUCACCAAGAUGCUCCGCUGUAUGCUGUUGUAGACGUCUAUGGAACCACCAAGCACGUUCGCAUUGUGCAGCUUUAUGGUGUGGUGGCAUCUUUACAGAGUGCGUGCCGUGAUGCCAUUCUUCAGCACAUAUCGAGCUGUGCUGUGCGGACUUUGCCACUUCCACGCAAGCUCAAAGAGUACCUGUGUUAUCACUCAUCACGUCCACAGUAAGCACUUUGCAGAGACUGCAACUGAAGACCACUACUUCUCAUUCGCAAUGAUAAAAAAAAAUUCUCGAUAAUUUCAGAGCUUCUCAAACAUGUUGUUGUUGUUAUUGUUGUUUUAGGUAGGAUUGAGCCUAUGCAAUUCUUGUCAUGAAGGCUUUCUCUCUUGUGUGCCAUGCGAUUUGGUCAUCUUUUGUUAUAUGUGUAUUAUUGAAUUGUUUCACAUUGUUAUGAAGUCUGUUUUUUAUCUUCAACCUAAUAAAGCCUUGGACUGUGCACAGUUACUAGUUUUUGUUUUCUACGGUUGCACUUUGGUUUUGAGGUAUCUUUAUUAUAGUCUGUCAGACUUUUUGAGGUGGUUGUAGCUAAAAUAAAAGCAAUCAUCAACUCAUCAAUUUUGUUAGCAUUUCUGGUCCGUGAACCUGCACUAUGACCGUUUCAGCCGUGUUUGUAUGUGUGGGCACCCUCAAGUCAAAAUUUUCCCACAUUGUGACCAGUGAUUGUUGUGCAGAGUAUUCUGCAGCAUACUUAGUAAGCCUGUUGUAUUUUCAUAUGCACUGCAUUACCUGAUAGCUUAGCACCUGUUGCUAAGCAUGUGUAUAAUGGAAUUUUUCCGCUGUAAACCCUUGUAGGGGCAAUACACGAGGUGUGUUUAUCCCUCAUUUUAUCUCUAAUCAUGCUUUGUAGGCAUUUUUAGCAAACUGAAUGUUAAAUGUUGCUCAGUACUGUACUGAAGAUUAAUUUUCUCUAUCUAUUACUGAAUACAGUGAAAUGUAUGCAGUAAAAGGCUUACAGUGAUAAAUUUUAUGUAGAAAUAUUGUUGAAUUUUAUAGUUACUUGUAGUAGGGGGGGGGGUCAUUUCUGACUAAACGUCCUAGUAAUUCUGGUAGGCAUACUAAAUGUUUUAUUACAAAAGAAUUGUGCAGAUUUAUCGCAUUAAAGACAAUGAAUUGGUGGAAUAUUUCAGAGAUACAAAUUCGUUUGUCAUGUGGCAGCCUUCCAAAUUUUGCAGAAUGUUGUCCGAGUGAUUCUUAACGGAAAAUUUAUUCUAAGUGUAUUGUUUUUCAUUUCAAUGCUAUUUACAUAAUAAACAAAGGCAUUUUUUCUGGGUAUUCAAAUAUAAAUGUUAUCACUACAAUUUUUCUGCCAUAUAUGCCUAAAAAAUAUGGGCAAAAUCGUCUGUUUGUAUUUUUCCUGUUACAUUAUUGCAUUAUAUAUGAAUAUCUGAGUAAUCAACACUUACUCUGCGAAAGGUAUAUUUUGUGUUAAAAAUAUUUUCACACCACUACAGUUUAUAAAUUUUAUGAGGAAAAAUUAUGAAUUUAAGGGAAUUUUUAUUUUUGUCCACACUGAGAUGAAAUUUACAUCUCUUGGUGCUCUAUUAUAAAUUAACUUUAUGCCUCAAUCGAAACAAAUAAAAAGUUUUUAUAUGGAAAGUUUUAUCAUUAUCCUUUUUUGUUUCAAGGAAGAAUAUACUUUUUUUAAUUUCCUCGAAAAUAAUUUUUUCCCUUAAAACAAAAACUUAUGAUGAUAAAACUUUCCAUAUAAGAAAACUUUUUAUUUAUUUUUUCGAUUAAGGUUUUAUAAGGGAGCACCAAAAGGCAUAAAUUGCGUGUCGUUGCGAACUAAAAUGAAGAUUUUCUCAAAUUCAUAAUUUUUCCUCAUGAAAUUUAUGAACUAGAAUGGUGUGAAAAUGUUUUUAACGUGAAAUAUACCUUUCACAGAGUAGUAUUGAUUACUCAGAUAUUCAUACAUAGUACAAUAAUUCAAAAGGAAAAACACAAACAUAGAAAAUUUUCCAAAAUAUCUGGAGGUGCAUAGUAUACCAGAAAAAUUACAGUAAUAUAAUUGAGAUUAAAAUUUCAUGCAUAAAUGCUUUUGUUUAAUAUGUAAACCAAAUUUGGUACUGAAACAAAAAAUGAUACUCUAAGAAUAGAUUUCUUGUCAAGCAUCACUCGGACACAUUCUGUGAAAUUUGAAAGGCUCCCACAUGACAAAUUUUUUCUCUCCGAAAUAUUCUAGCUAUUCACUGUCUUCAACACGCUAAAUCAGUACAAUUUUUUUAGAAUACAUUUGAGAUAGUUACCAGAAUGGCAUGGAAUGACCUAAUAGAGAAAUAAGUUUCAAAAGUGCUGUGACAGUAGUAUAUUAUAGUCUUGUGUCUUACUCAUUUUUGAUGAUUGUAGAAUCAUCUGUAUUCAGAUUCAAAUAGUUGCAUUUGUUAUAAGCAAUAGAAAAGUUUUUAUAAAAUUUCAAUGAAUUUAGUAUAUACGAUGCUUAUCCGCAUGUCCACGCUGAAAUACUAUUUCUUUCACUGUUCCCUCCCUUCCCCCGGCCCUUUUUUUUUACACUUGCCAUGUUCACUCCUGACCCUGGAUAAGAAAUUGUUGCCUAAAACUGUUGCCCUGCAUAAAUGAAAGGCUUUAGUGUGUGUUUGUUUUUCAUAUAAAAUCACAGCAUUUAAGUGGUAUCUUGGUUGUUAUUCUGACCUGCUUGCUGAAAUGUGCCAACAUAGAUUAAACUUGUAGAUUCACAGUGUGUUGGAGUCUUCGUGUGCCAAUGCUAACCAACAAUAUUUAUGCUUUUUAUGUUUAUUUAUGUGUAUGUCUAAUCCACAGAGGCUAAUGAUUGUGAUUGUUCCAACUCUUAAGUAUGUAGCUUCUUUACACUUGAGAGGUUCCAUGCUGCAAUAGUCUUGCACAGGGCACAUUACUUCAGCUUUUUAUAGUGCCAUGUGCCAUUUAAGUGCUGUGGCAUGUAGGGUGCCUAAUAAUAGGCACCACGUAAACUAACCCGAGAUUGCUUGAUUAGAGUUUGCAAUAUUUCUGUACGUCUUCUCUGUAGCUUCUUUGAAAGCAUCAAGCUUGUAGGCUUGCUAUUUUAAUUCUUCAAGGCUGAGGUGUUCACUUGAGCAGAGAUGCAAAUGAAUGUCCUGCAACUUAAUGCCAUAGUGUAGCCUCACUUUCCACAUGUAGCAGAUGCGGUCAUGAACAUGCCAAAAACAUUUUGCAUUGUAGAUUUGGCGUGGCAGCAGUACAAACGGGCUGUCCAAAACAUAUCACCUGGCAUAAAGGAUCUUAUAUUUUAAGUCUGUAAGCUCAUUUCUGUCAUAAGACCAGUGUUGGUGAUAAUAUUCUUACUUGUGAAAUGGUAACAUUAUGUUAUUAAAAAUGACCUAUUUAUUAAACUCAGGCCAAUAUAUUCCUAACAACAAAUUA